CAUUCUGCAAUCCGUGUGCAACAUGUUAGUCAACACAACUUCGAAUUUUUCCGCUGUACCGGCGAAACGCAUACCGGCAAAUUUGUCCAACCUAUUUCUAACGGAAUCGCAGUUCAACGUAUUCUACGGCGUCAACCUGUUCUGCUGUAUCACCGCGUGUUCCCUGUACAUUCUCCUUGUCGCUGUACUCAUCCGGCAGAGCGGCCAUUUUACCGGCUCGCGGUUGCUCAUUCUACACCAGCUGAUCAUCGAGAUCCUGAUGGUGGCCAUCCACUGGCCCAUCUGGAUCGCCACCGUCGCGGAAGGCCAGCAGCAACGCGGCGUGGUCCGUUCCUUAUCCUUCUGCCAACACUAUUUCUUCUUCUACAUCAUCAACCUCACCGCGGUUCACUACGGACUACUCGGUAUGGCGCUGAACCGUUUCGUGGCUAUCGUGUUUCCCCAUCACUACAGAACCUUAUCCUCAAAACACAUGGUGUUAAUUCUCAUCGUGUUCUCCUGGGCGAUGGGCUUCUUCUGUGACUUCUACGUGUAUCUGGGCGCGGAGGGUGGAUUCUUCCCGCACCCGCCCUACGGUGUCUGCAACUUCAACCACCCCGGGGGCAUGUACGCGCUGGUGACGGUGUUUCGCACGUAUUUGCCGUUGUCGUUAACCGGGCUGCUGUAUUUGACCCUGUUUACCAAGAUCACCGUGGUAUGGUACCGGCAGAAGAAAGUAAUUGCCGAGCGUAAUCAGGCGGAUGACCCGAAAAUGCGGGCUUUUAAGCGGCGCGCACUGCUGGCACGGGUGUUGUUUGUCAUGACCGUCAUUCACUGCGUGUCGUUCAAUGCGGUGCCGUUUGUUAUGACGGUGAUGCCGUGGUUGUUUGCCAGUCAGCUCAGUCGGCAGUGGGUGAGGUUCAUUUUCUUCUCGGGAUUUUUAUCUCCGCCGUUGGUAUUCUUCGCGAUGAAUCAGGAUUGUCGUCGCGGAGUUAGGAAGCUGCUGCGUAUUGGAAAUAGUAGAGUAGGGAAGGAGGCGUUCAGCAGUGGGAACGGGAAAUCAGGGAAGACCGAUUUAACGAAUGCGUCGAUCAAACCGACUAUCAACGAUACACGAGUCUAACUAUACAAGAAAUGCGCAUCGAUUUACGUGCUCGCAUUAAUUUUAUUAUUUUAGCGCGCACUUCCUCAUGGCAAU